CCAACAUGGCGGCGGCUUCAGCAAAUGUGAAAGUUGGGGCGUCUGCUCUUUUAUUUCUGGCCGUUUUCAUGGUAACCGAUGGACAAGUGACCACACCCGCGACACCAAUAAGUUGUCAACCUAUUGGGUACAAUACUAAGAAUCUAACGAGAGCUGAUUAUUGGGAAUUCACCACAGAUAAAGGACCAUGUCAAAAUGGGACAAAGUGUACAUUCUACAUGAGCUUAUGUAAGAAGUUACCUGACAUUGGAGCUGGCACAAUGUGUAAAGAUGCUGCUGUUUGCCAGAAAUCAGAGGCGUCUGGAGCUUAUGCAAGUCUCGGGAUGAAUGGUUCAUUUGUGAACCUCACGGUAAAUGAAUUCUGGGCUUUGUUCCCAAAGGGUGCUGAGCACAAAACCAAACAGAACACAACAUGUCGUCUGGCCUCUUAUUAUGUGUUUCUAUGCGACAAAAACGUCCCUUGGAUUCCUGUGGAGAGAGCAGCUGGAAGUUCACCUGUUGCAUCAAAAGUACCAGGGACACCAAUUAUUACUUAUAAUGACAGAACGUGCACAUACAAUGUGACUGUUCGCUAUGCUGGGGCUUGCUACCAAGUCACACCUGCUGCUGCAAUAGCUGUCCUUAGCGCUGGAAGUGUCCUUGUCAUAUUAUUUACAGUAGCAGUUGUGGUGUAUUGCUUAGGUGGUGUAACUUAUAACUAUUGUUCGGGUGCAGAGCAGCGGCAGCUGGUUCCACAUGCUGAAUUUUGGGAAGAGCUUCCCAGCAACAUCAAGGAGGGCUUCAGAUUUACCUUCACCUGUGGUCAAGGCUCCAGUGGCCAGAAGACAUAUGAACAACUCUAACAGAAAAAAAGAUUUUGAAGAAUUUGUUUGAUUUCAACCACUAUUCUCAUAAAACCCGCCAUAGAAACAUGCUCAAAGAACUCCUUAGUUACAAAGUUGAGAAUUUUCUUGUUCUGUUUCUGGUGCUCUUAAUUCUUUUCUGUGAUCUUUAGAAUUGGUCUAAUCUCUGUAUUUUCACAAUUGUUAUAAAUACAUGAUAAAAAAACAGACAGAAAAACUUUGAUGUAUAAACAUUUAGGAUUGUUGUGGUAUAUUAGUUUGUAGAGGUAAUACAUCUAUAGAUGUCUACUCUGCAGUGCCUUCACUGUGGAAUAUAUAUCAUAUAUUUCGAGUAAAAUAAUGAACAAAAACCAUCAGUAGUCUUCCAACUAUUUAGGCAGGAAGGUGAAAUGUAAUAUUUUCAUACGUCAUAUAGAGAUUUGCACAACUGUAUUUUCUCAGUGACUUUUCUAACUGGUACUGGACCCCAUGCCUGGAUAAUGCUUCAGUCCAUGUUGGUUUUCCUCUUUUUGGGUACGUAUUUUCAAAAUGUAUACUCUUCUUGACUGAUGUACACUCUGCAGAUGAAUGUUGGAACUUUAAUGCGCAACUUGGGACAAAAGAUGAUUGGUUAAUUUUUGGUUAAAAUGAGCUAUAUACACGUAUAAGCAUUUUGUGAAAUCAAAGAUUUUCUUUUGCUAGGCCUUAUAAAUUUUUGGUAAUGUCAUGUCUUUUUACGCUCCCUUUUUUUAACGGCCUUGAACUUGCUGUAUUUCAAAUCAUGCUUCUAUUUACAAAUGUCAAACACGUCAAAGAGAGUUUUCAGUACUUAUUUGUAAAAUGGACAAAUUAUAUAUGAUAAAUGGUACUAUAUGUAUAAUGGAAAUUUUGUACUGGAUGUGCUAAGAUGGUAAUUAUGUUUUUUUCUGGUAAUGGAAAACAAUUAGGUGACUCUCACCAAUGCCAAUAGAUGUACAUGUAUGUAACGUACAUGUAGGUCUGUGGUGCAAGAAUGCUUUGAUUUCGUUGUUGAUUCCUCUGGCAAAUAUAAUGUCAUUAAUAUAGUUUUCAUGUAAUGCAAUCAUAUGCAUAUGAUCAAAAGUUGUUCUGGUUGCUCUGACAUUGUCAGUAUGGAUAUAAUAUUUGUCAGGUAUUCUUGUUUUUGUUUAUUUCCAAGUUAUCAAGUGUACUAUAUUAUUCCAAUAGAUGUAUUGUUUUAUUAGUGCAGUGUAUAAUUGCUACGCUAUAACCAUUGUUGAAACACUACACUGGUUCUAUGAACACCGACGGGAGUGGUCAAAUGCCUUUUCGUAGGUGUGAAAGGGGUUCUCUCUCAUUGUUUGUGUCCAUCAGUUACCUUUGCAAAAGAGCUAUAGACAAAGUGGGCAUGGAAGAGUCCAUGUCGAAGUCCUGUAAGCCCUAUUGUGUACGUACAUGUAGGAUCAGUGUGGUUAAGAAGCCAGGGAGUUUCAUUAGUUAACAUUGAUGUAUUUUUCUUUGAUUAUAUUUUUUUCCCAUAAACUUCUUGUAUUAGCAGUAAUCAUGGUAUUUGGACAGUGAGUAUUAAGGCUAAAGUUAUACCCCACAUUGAUGAAAGUAAGGUUUGUUAAUUAUAGUGUCACUCCUAUCUCUCAUUCCAGACGCCUGGGGAGAAGGCAGUUUGAUAAUUGUACACUAUAUUUUACUGAAUGCCAGCUAUAAAGCAACCGGCCACAAUAGAAAUAACUGACAAUAGGGCUCAAACCUUUGACCCUCCCAUUCACGACAUAAAAAACUGUUUAAUAAUACAUGUAAUAAGUGAAAUAAAUAUUGUAAAUUCUGC